GUCGAUGGCCCGACUCAGCCCCUCUUCCCACUAUGCUACAGGAAUGGUCUCUCUCGCCGCGCAAGCGCCCUAGGCUCUUCACGCCCCUCGCACUCCCUUCUACCCCACUUGCAGCGCAGGCGCAAAGCCUGGGCGUGCAGCCGCUGCCGCCGAGCCGGAGCUGGGGCCGCCAGCGCCGCAUCCUUCUCUACCUGCUGACAUCCUGCAUCAGAGGACUUGUGGCCUACGUGUGGCUGGGGAAAGCUGGCCAGGGAGGGACACUGCCCAGCUGCUGCUCUGCUCCUGUCUCCUGUCCCCUCCCCUGGCCAUGACAGAAACCCGUGAGCCAGCUGAGACUGGGGGCUACGCCAGCCUGGAGGAAGACGAUGAGGACCUCUCUCCAGGCCCCGAGCAUUCCUCUGACUCCGAAUAUACUCUCUCAGAGCCGGACUCCGAAGAGGAAGAAGAUGAGGAGGAGGAGGAAGAGGAGACCACUGAUGAUCCCGAAUAUGACCCCGGCUACAAGGUGAAGCAGCGCCUGGGGGGGGGCCGGGGGGGCCCAUCCCGCCGGGCCCCCCGUGCAGCCCAGCUCCCGGGCCCCCCAGCCCAGCCCUGCCAGCUCUGUGGCCGCUCAGCCCUUGGGGAGGCCCCACCGGGCACCCCACCUUGCCGGCUCUGCUGCCCCGCUACAGCCCCCCAGGAAGCGCCAGCUCCUGAAAGCAGGGCCCUCGGGGAGGAAGAGGAGGAGCCGCCUCGGGCUGGGGAGGGCCGACCAGCUGGGAGGGAGGAGGAGGAGGAGGAGGAAGAGGAGGAGGAGGGCACCUACCACUGUACCGAGUGCGAGGAUUCCUUUGACAACCUCGGGGAGCUGCAUGGGCACUUCAUGCUGCAUGCCCGGGGUGAGGUGUAG